AUGUCCAAGGACCUCAAAGCAUGGACACGGGUUUGUAUCGCCUUUCAACGGAGUAAGGUUCGGCGGCACAACAGGGACACAAGUGGCACCUUCCCCGGCCCUGGUGCAAGGUUCAGCCACGUUCACCUGAACAUUGUAUGUCCCCUGCCUCUGUCCAAUGGCUGUACCUAUCUCCUCACCUGUGUGGAUCGGUUCACCCGGUGGCCUGAAGCUAUCCCGCUGUCUGACACUGCUGCACCAACGGUGGUCAAGGCUCUUCUCAGUCGUUGUGUUGCCAUCUUUGGUGUACCCUCCACGAUUACGACUGACCGCGGUGCCCACUUUGAGUCUCACCUCUUCCAGUCUCUCCUCUCCUUUUCAGUCUCUACCCGCAUCCGGACGACAGUCUAUCAUCCGGCUGCCAACAGGAUGGUCGAUCGGUUUCACCGCCAGCUAAAGGCCUCUCUACGCGCCGCGGCCGAUCGGGAGAACUGGACGGACCACCUUCCCCUGGUCUUGUUGGGCAUCCGCUCCGCUUCCAAGUCGGACCUUGACUGUUCCGCAGCUGAACUGGUGUUCCGCGCCAUCGUCCGACUGCCCGGUGAGAUGAUCUCGCCAACCCCGCGAGGUUCGGUUGAGGAUCCCAACAACCUCCUGCAUCGCCUCCGGCAGUUUAUGCGGACACUUUCUUUGGUUCUGCCCAGGUCUUACGCCUCUCCGUCCUAUCUCGAGAAGGACCUGGCAACCUGCUCUCACGUCCACCUUCGAUGUGAUCGAGUCUGAUGGCCUCUGGAACCGCCCUAUGACGGCCCAUUCCGGGAGUUCACUCGGGAACAAGGACAUUCCGCAUUCAACGCGGCAACCGUAAGGAGGUUGUGAAUGUGGACCGACUCAGAGCUGCUGUCCCGGGCACUCCUCCGGACGAGCCCUGUGGUCCCCUAAUUUCUGUUCCCCCAGCUCCGGCCUCUAUUCCACCUUGGAGUAUUUUCCCUCUCUCCUCCCUGUCUGCUACCUUCAACUGCCACCACUAUUUCCAACACUUCCGCCAUAGGACGUAUCCACUCUUCUACGGACCCUGUAAAUAUCAGUCGCAGUGGUCGUUACGUACAUUUUCCUGAUCGGUUGGUCACCCAUUUCUUUUAGACUUGUACACAUACUUCAGCGCUCCGAUAGUCACCCUCCGAACUCGGAGGAGGUUAUUGAACGGGGGCGCCAGACUAUCUUGCCUCAAGCUACCUGUUCAUAAUUCUUGAACUCACUAGUUGUUUAACUGAAUGGAAAGAACACAACACAAUGCGACGCGCUCAGCGACUGUUGGAUUAUCAGGUUGUUUGACAUUAGAUUAUUAAUUCAUUCACAACUCCUGAUAUCCAUAGACUGGGAUUGACAGUCGUGUACUAAGCGCUCGCAAAAAAACCAGCGCGACGUCCCGGUGACAAAGGCGAUUCUGCAUGCCGACGGGUGGGCCGAACAUCGUCGUCUGAGACUGCUACGAACCUGCGCAGAACGCCGUCUCAUCCUGACCAACACCUUCUUCCGCCUCCCGGUGCGCAAGAAGGCAACUUGGAUGCACCCUCAGUCGCGACACUGCAUCUGAUGGACUAUGUCCUCGUCCGGACGGAGGCGAGACCAGCGGGACCUGCUGGUGACAAAGACGAUUCCGGGUGCCAAAGGGUGGGCUGACCAUCGUCUUGUCCUUUCCAAGACGCGGAUUCGUCUAUAGCCUGGCAGGAGACCCCAAGAUAGGCAACCAACCGGUAGGCUGCUCAAAUCCGGCGUUAUUAGGGCACUCUGAAGACUUCCUUGAAGUGUCUGCAGAUCAAACCAGUCGCCCGGACUGAACUACGUGGAAGAGAACAGUGAAGACAGACGCAGCAAUCUGCGAAGCCAACCGCGUCACCGUCGCCAAAGCCAAACGUCAAGCUCGCAAAUCUUAACUUCCCCCGUCACGAAAGUUCACACUGUCGUUGCCACGCUGUAAUCAUCCACCAACACAGUUUUCCCUGCCCCAACCGCUCCGCGGACUGCACUGGCCGGCGUCAAAACCAUUCCCACCACCCCCACCACAACGACCUCAUGCACUGCCCCCACUGAAGGGACGACGUCGGACCUCCCAUCAACUUCAAACAUCACCAACAUCCCCACACCCAGAGAUGGUUCCUCGCUUUAUGCCUCUCUUCAUUGCGAUUGCACUUCCACCUCACACAUUGAAUUGCAUUCAUCGCAUUAUCGACACACCAAACACACCUGACACAUCCAGCAUUCCUAACAAUCCCACACGCUGUCAACCAGCGCGCAAAAUACCAGCGGCUCCGACACCAUCAUCAUCAUCAUCACCAAAACCGACUACGAUACCGCUGACCUGUUCUGUCCACAUCUUCCCGCACGUUUACCUCACCGAUCGACCUGGUCGCUCACUUUAAAAUUCAUCGCAUAGAGACAGGCGGACCAGUGCACCAACAUACCUUCACCGCAUCCGCCUCAACUGCCCUCACUGCAAGCGCACGUUCGCUCACCGCCACCUCACAACGCCACCGCCAAGGGCCUCCAACGUCUCCACGAUGUCAUCGGACAAAUGGACACCUCCGGACCAACUGCAGCACCCGGAAUGCACCAACCGUCGUCUCUUCGUCCACCACUCCCUCGCCACUCACGCCGUCACCUAACGUCGACCCCACUCCCCAACCACCACCACCAUCCUCCUCCUCCGCUGCCCUAACGUCUGCUGCUGUGGCGUCUUUUAUGCCCAUCAACAGUACACACCAUCCUGACACACCAACACCACCGCAGUCAACACCAGUGACGAGGACCGUGUCUAUACCUGUCCUCAUUGUGAUCGCACAUUCACCUCACAAAUUAACCUGGUCGGUCACUUGCGAAUCCAUCACACACAGACUGGCGAAUCCGUGCCUGGAGCAGCAACUUUCGUCCGCCGCAUCUGCCUUCACAUUCUACACUGCCAUCGCACAUUCAUGCACCGCAUGGGCCUAUUCGGCCACAUGCAAAUCCACGAGAGCGGAAUUGACCGCCCCCUCGACUCACCCACCACGCCAAAGCCCACCCCCACUUCGUCGCCCCGUGCGCCCACCACCUUCUCCGCAACUGACACCGACGCCGCCGACUUCACCUGUCCACACUGUCCACGCACAUUUACCUAUCGCAUCGGCCUGGUCGGUCACUUGCGAAUAA